GGUUACCGUAUUCUUAAUAGUGACUCGGCUGGUUUAUUUACGUUUGAUUUUUCUUAAAUUUUAAAUUAAAAUAAUGCCGCACGGACACUCACAUGAUCAUGGCGAAUGCAGUCAUGAGGCCUCGGAUGUGGAUCAUGCUUUGGAAAUGGGCAUCGAGUACAGUCUGUACACGAAAAUCGACCUAGACAACACAGAGUGCUUGAACGAGGAGACGGAUGGCCAAGGAAAAGGUGUCUUUAAGCCUUAUGAGAAGCGCCGGGAUCUCUCGAAAUAUGUGCAGAGCGAUGCGGACGAGGAGCUUUUGUUCAAUAUUCCCUUCACCGGCAACGUUAAGCUCAAAGGAAUCAUCAUAAGUGGCGCCAACGAUGAAUCUCAUCCGAAUAUGGUCAAAAUCUUUAAGAACCGACCCAAGAUGACCUUCGACGAUGCCAAAGCUAAACCAGAUCAAGAAUUCCAGUUAACCCGCGAUGCCCGUGGAGAAAUUGAGUACUCACCCAAAGUGGUUACCUUUUCCUCCGUGCAUCACCUCUCACUAUACUUCCCCAGCAACUUUGGAGAUGACAAUACACGCAUUUACUAUAUCGGCCUUCGAGGAGAGUUCACAGAAGCUCAUUAUCAUGGUGUAACCAUUUGUAAUUACGAAGCUCGUGCCAAUGCCGCAGAUCACAAGGAGAAGGCUUUUGAUGGAGUAGGCAGAGCCAUCCAAUAAAUCCCUUAAAGCUUGUAAAGAUUUAAAAUUGAGUAUCUCUGUUAUGUAUAUUUUGUGAUCUUUUAAGGCAAGAAAAUGUUUGUAUUCCCUUAAAA